ACUUCGGUGUCCGGCUAACUAAUCUUGCUGGAAGUGGUCCCAAAGAGGCGACUUCAUGGAGGGGGCUGCAUGGUCCAUCUAUAAAGCUGGCCAGGAGGAGAUGCACCUUGCCAGUUCGCGGAUUCGCUUCCAUAGCUGCUGGAUCAAGCCGCGGAAUGGCCGACCUCGACAAGGGAGAGAAUCAGGAGCUGAAGAACGAGAAGAAAUCGAAAAGGAAGAAGUCGAAGUCGGAGGGAAAGCCUCAGAAUGGAGAAGAAAAGCCCAGCGGGGGGACCGACAAGGGAGAUCCGGUUCCCGAAGAAGUCCCCGAAGAGAAGGCUCUACUGGGAGAUGAAGCGAGGAGUGUUUCCGGAGACUCGGAAGAGGGCCCUAGGAAGAGCAUCCAGGAUUCCAAAGCCAAGAAACCGUUGGUGGAUUCUUCCGAAAAUUCUGGCACCCCGAAGCGCACCAAAGGGCUGCAGGAAAUCGACUUCAGGAAGUUGGCGGAAUUAAGAGAGGCCUUCCAUUUGUUCGACAUCAAUCAAGACGGAAUCAUUGACGUGGCUGAUCUGAAAUAUACCUUCGCUACUUUGGGGAAGCCCGACGUCCCCGAAGAACAGCUUCAACGGAUGCUCUCGGACAUGAAGAGUCCGGUGGACUUCGACUCGUUCGUCGCAUCGUUCGAGUACAAGGCGACCGUCCUGGACCCUGAAGACGUGCUUACAAAGGCCCUGUCCAACUGGGACUACGCAGGGAAUGGAAUGAUCAGUGAAGAGAGGAUAAGGCAUGACCUGCAAUCGUAUGGUGAGAGGUUCACCGUUAACGAAGUCGAUGGAGCUUUGGAAGAUGCUCCUUUGUACUCGAACCAAGGAGACAAAAUGAUCGACUACGUUGCGUUUUGCAAUGACAUCUGCGGACUGCAAAACGUGAAUAAAAGUAGGCAGGUCGAGAAAGAAGCGGAAAGGACCGGAAAGGAAGUAACGUCCUUGAUGUGAGGCACGAUGAAAAAUGGCUAAGAUAAAUUAAUCGAGCAAAUACCCACCGCAGUCUUUCAGCCCAUUAUCUUAUCAUUUUAUGGCUUGAAAUAAAAAAUGUAUCAUCUUCAA